UGUGUUUCGCAUCGGCAACUAAUCUUAUUCUUCAGUAAGAGGAAACUAGUUUUUAUAAUUUCCAAAAAAAUUAUUCUGCUUCUUUCUUCUAUACGUUCUUCUCGCAUUCAACAAUGGCCGGUCUUGACUUUGGUUCCUUUGAAGACUCCUUUAAAUUGAACACUUUAAAAGCUUACCUAGCCGAGUUCAUCUCUACUUUGCUCUUUGUUUUCGCUGGCGUUGGUUCCGCCAUUGCCUUUGGAAAGCUAACAGAGAACGCGGCUCUUGAUGCAUCCGGACUAGUGGCGAUUGCGAUUUGCCACGGUUUUGCUCUCUUUGUGGCGGUUUCGAUCGCAGCUAACCAUUCUGGUGGCCAUGUUAACCCAGCCGUGACAUUUGGCCUUGUCGUCGGUGGAAAAGUCACAGUCAUCACCGGAGUUUUCUACUGGAUUGCUCAGCUUCUCGGCUCCACCAUUGCUUGCUUCCUUCUCAAAUUUGUCACCGGUGGUUUGGCGAUUCCAAUCCACAGCGUUGCGGCUGGAGUAGGAUCAACACAAGGAGUAGUGAUGGAGAUCAUUAUUACAUUCGCAUUGGUCUACACCGUUUACGCCACAGCCGUUGACUCCAACAAUGGCACUCUCGGAACCAUCGCUCCUCUAGCCAUCGGACUCAUCGUUGGUGCUAACAUUCUUGCAGCCGGUCCGUUCUCUGGCGGUUCCAUGAACCCUGCUCGUUCCUUUGGACCAGCUCUCGCCGCUGGAGAUUUUUCAGGACAUUGGGUUUAUUGGGUCGGUCCACUUGUUGGUGGCGGACUUGCUGGAGUUAUCUACUCCACCGCUUUUAUCACCGAGACCAAGCCUGAACCUACCGAGUCCGAACGUGUUCCUCUUAUUUCCUCUGCUUAAAUAAUCUUUGCUUAUGAGUGAGCGUGUGUUUCUUUCUACUUUUUAGUUUGGUAUUCUUGUUUUUCAACCUUUUGCUUGUUUGAGUUUGGUUUACAAUGUGAUUGCAUGUUUUUUUUUUUCGGGUCUUCCACCAUAUAAACAAAAAAACAUUAAACA